GUUUCGCGCAAGCGUGUUGAAAUGAAAUCAGUAAGGUGUCAUAAUCACAGAUCUGUGGUCAUAAUUGAUUAAAAAUAGGUACUCGCAGGACGCAGGCUCUAGAAUUAUUAGUUACACCAUUGAAAUUGACAUGUGUAUGACUAUGUACUUCCGUGUAAUAUUAUGAUCGAGAAAUUUCAGUUUUGCUAACCUUACUCAACUUGACGAAUUUCGGCAAAAUAUUUAGUGCGAUCUUUGCAAGACACAAAAAUAGCAUUUAUACAGGAAGACUUAAUGUUUCAUAGAAGUAAUAAGAGUUUAUGUAAGAAGUGAUGCAUAUAAAUUUGACAACAACAAUGUUGCUUCGGCAUGUCACCUAUAUUCUACCUAAACCACUCUUACAGUCCAUAACCUCUCAUCGAAAAUUACAUAUCAACAUAAUACGAACAUUUUACAAUGAUAAUAAAGCUAUUAUUCAUUUGACACAGAACAUACGUCUGAAUCGUAAGACUGUUGAAUUAAAACUUCAAACUGACAAGUUUAAGGAGCCUCGUUUACCUACCCUUCGAACACCUCUAAUAUUCUAUAAGACUGAUGCACCCAAAAGGACAGAUUUUAAAUUGUUGUAUUUAAAAGAUUGGUGGGAACAUAAAAAAAUGUUAUACAGAAAAUAUGCUGAAAAAAGGUCAUAUGAGAUGUAUCAGAGACAUGGCCCUGAUAUAGCAACAGCAUAUUUGGUCUUAAAGUAUGGUGGUAGAAUAAAGCUUAAAAACCAUGAAAAUUGGAUAGAAAACCCUAAAAAAAGUAAAAGUACUUUUAUAGUACCAGAUUAUUAUGAUCCAGACUUCAUCUUAGAAGGAAUAGAUUUAAAUGGAUAUCCUAUAAAUUAUGAUAAUCUUAGCUGCAUAUGUGAUCUUUACCACCUAAGGUGGCUUAUCCUCAGAGGUUGCAAUACUGUCAAUGAUUGGGUUAUAGAUAAAUUAGCUUUUGAGUAUCCAAUGUUAGAACACCUUGAUGUGUCUGAAUGUAUAAAUGUGACAGAAAGAGGCUUAGAAGCAGUGUAUAAAAUGGCAAAUUUGAAAACAUUAACUGUAACAAAUUAUUAUAGGUCUGUAGCAAUGGAGUUUACUUGUUUCUUGUUGGAAGACAUCAACCCGUAUUUAAAAUGUACAGUUUUAGAGCCAAAACAGGAACUGUUACCAGAGGAAUAAUGUAUACGGUACAAAUUACAACAUUUUGAAACAAUACUGUAAUAUAUUUUAUUAAAUAUAAAUUAUUAUGCAUCUUAAAAACAUAAUAUUUACA